GACCUGAAGCAGUCCUGCAGAGCGUCAAAGAACACAAAACCAGCAUGAAGAAGAAAUAUGAACACUUAUUUGAGGGAAACAAACUACAAGGAAAUGAAACCCUUUUGAACAGGAUCUUCACACAGCUCUACAUCAUAGAAGGAGAGAGAGAAGGAGUGAAUGAAGAACAUGAGGUUUUACAGAUGGAGAAAACACCCAGAACACAACACAAUCCAAUCAGCUGUAAUGACAUCUUUAAACCAUUACCUGAACCAGGAUGUGAAGAGAAAGAUAAAAUCAAGACUGUUCUUACUAAAGGCAUCGCUGGAAUUGGAAAAACUGUCUCUGUGCAGAAGUUCAUUCUGGACUGGGCUGAGGGAAAAGAUAAUCAGGAUGUAGAUUUCAUGUUUGUGUUUCCAUUUCGAGAACUGAAUUUGAUUUUAGAUCAUCAGUACAGUCUUCACAGAUUUCUGCUGGACUUUCAUCCUGAGCUUCAAGAUUUGGACUCAAAGAUUUACGAGGAGUGUAAAGUUGUGUUCAUCCUAGAUGGUCUGGAUGAAAGCAGAAUCACGCUGAUGUUCUCAGAUGAUGAGAAAGUUUGUGAUGUGAAUGAAUCUUCAUCAGUGGGUGUGUUGAUGUCAAACCUCAUCAGAGGAGAUCUGCUUCCCUCUGCUCUCAUCUGGAUCACCUCCAGACCAGCAGCAGCCGAUCAGAUCCCCUCCAAAUACAUUAACCGUGUGACAGAAAUUCAGGGAUUUAAUGACCCUCAAAAAGAGGAAUAUUUCAGGAAGAGAAUCAGUGACCAGGAUCAAGCCAGAAUAAUCAUCUUACAUAUCAGAAGAGCAAGAAGCCUCCACAUCAUGUGCCACAUCCCCGUAUUCUGCUGGAUCUUAUCCACUGUGCUUCAAAACAUCCUGAAACAAGAUCUCAGUGCAGAAAUCCCUCAAACUCUAACUGAAAUGUAUAUCCACUUUCUGCUGAUUCAGAUCAAGAGAAAGUCUGAUGAAAGAGUUCCAGAGAAACUCCUAAAGUCCUUCAGAGAAGUGAUUGUAAAACUUGCUGAAGUGGCUUUCAAUCAGCUGAUGAAGGGCAAUGUGAUGUUCUAUGAGGAGGACCUGAUUGAAAGCGGCAUAGACAUCACUGACGCAUCAGGGUUUUCUGAGAUUUGCACUGAGAUAUUUAAGGAAGAAUUGGUGAUUCAUCAGAGGAAAGUUUAUUGCUUCAUUCAUCUGAGCGUUCAAGAGUUUUUUGCUGCUUUCUAUGUGUUUUAUUGCUAUUUAAGCUGCACAAUGAAAGCCCUGAAGGUUUUUGAUUUAAUGCACAAAUUGCAUAAUGGUGCAGUAGAUAAAGCCUUAGAAAGUAAAAAUGGACACCUGGACCUGUUCCUGCGGUUCUUGCUGGGCAUCUCACUAGAGUCCAAUCAGAGACUCUUAGGGGAUCUGCUGACACACACAGAAAACAGCUCAGAGAGCAUCAGUAAAACCACACUUUACAUUAAAGAGAAGAUCAAAGAUGGAAAAGCAGUCUCCACUGAAAGAUCCAUCAAUCUGUUCCUCUGUCUGCUGGAAGUGAAGGAUCAGACUCUGUCCAGAGAGAUUCAGGAGUUUAUGAAAUCAGACAAACACUCAGAGAAGAAACUCUCUCCAUCUCAGUGCUCAGCAAUCACCUACAUGCUUCAGAUGUCAGGGGAGGUGCUGGAUGAGCUGGAUCUCAAGAAAUACAAUACAUCAGAUGAAGGUAGAAGAAGACUGAUAUCAGCUGUGAUCAACUGCAGAAAAGCUCUUCUUACUGGCUGUAAUCUCACCGAUGAACAUUGUAAGAUUGUGUCAUCCGCUCUACAAUCGUCAAACUCUGUCCUUAGAGAGCUGGACCUGAAUAACAAUGACUUGCAAGAUUCAGGAGUGAAGCUGCUCUCUGAUGGGCUGAAGAGCCAAAACUGUAAACUGGAGAUACUGAGGUUGUCUGGCUGUAUGGUGACAGAGGAAGGCUGUCGUUAUCUGUCUUCAGCUCUGAGCUCAAACCCUUCACACCUGAGAGAGCUGGAUCUGAGCUACAAUCACCCAGGACAAUCAGGAGUCCAGCUUCUCUCUGACAAACUGAAGGAUCAAAACUGCUCACUAAAGAUACUCAAUUUUGAACAUGGGGAGCCUUUCAGGAUCCAACCAGGACUGCAAAAAUAUUUCUGUGAUCUCACACUGGAUCCAAACACAGCAAGCACUCAACUCAUCCUGUCUGUGAAUAGAGAGGUGAAAUAUGUGGAUGAACACCAGCCAUAUCCUGAUCAUCCAGACAGAUUUAAAUAUAUUCCUCAGGUUCUGUGUCGAGAGAGUCUGACUGGACGUCAUUACUGGGAGGUUGAGCGGACUGGCUGGGCUCGUGUAGCAGUGGCCUAUAAAACAAUUGACAGGAAGGAAGUGACUGUUGGAAAGUUUGGAUACAAUGACAAGUCCUGGUGUCUCUUCUGCACUAUUGAUGGAUUUGUUUUCUGGCACAACAAUAAGAGCCACAACAUCCCUGCCCCUUCACCCUCUAAAAGAGUAGGAGUGUAUCUGGACUGGCCGGCUGGCACUCUGUCCUUCUACAGCGUCUCUGACACACACACACUCACACACUUACACACAUUCAACACCACAUUCACUGAACCCCUCUAUGCUGGAUUUAAGGUUUUUAAUUCUUCACUGUCACUGUGUAAGAUCACACAACAGACAAACAACUGACUGAGUCAUGGUCCUAUGUCUGAUUAUUAGAAGAUUUGAUUUAUGGAGUUUAUAAUGUAAGAAUUUAACUACAGAA